UGCCUCACUUUCCUCAUCUCUCUCCCUCCCCACACCCCUCCUUUAUAUUGGAAAAAUAUUAACUAAGUUUUCUUCUUGCUCUGGUUCUACCAUCAUUUUCCUUGUCGUUCUAACUACAGAUUGCUUCUUUUUUAGGUUAGUUUUCGCCAAGUUCCCCUCUCGAGCAUUCCUUGUUUAGUCAUAAAAGUAUAGUUCCUUUCCUCAAUAAUUUCACGAUUACUUCUCCCCCUCAGAUUUCCCAUUCCAAUAAAUUCCCCUGAUUCUAGUUCAGGGAAUUACUGUGCUGAUCUUUAAUGGUCAUCCUUGAUCAACCAAAAGAAAUUCAGUCCCCUUAAUGCUUCCACUCAAGGAAAUCCUUUUCUCUCUCCAUUCCAGUAUGACUUCCCUUUUCUGACCUUGUUGCAGCUUCAAAGCUCUCCAUUCAGUUCCUCCUUCUCUCCUUGUAUAUUUAGAUCUCCUGCCUUGUUAAUUUUGUGGAUUCCAGUGUGCUCUGUUAUUGACUUUCUGAUUUCAUGGGACUCUGUCAUGGAAAACCUAUUGAAAUCUCACAAACUCAUGGAGAAAACCCAUUAUAUCCCGAUGACAAGGACGGGCUUCCAAAAAUUCGAACCCCCAAAUCCUCAAACUUCCCCUUUUACAGCCCAAGUCCCUUGCCAAGUCUGUUCAAGAACUCACCGGCAAAUUCAAGUGUGAGCUCAACUCCUUUGCGCAUUUUCAAACGCCCAUUCCCUCCUCCUUCACCGGCAAAGCACAUUCGGGCAUUGCUCGCUCGCCGGCAUGGUUCUGUGAAGCCAAACGAGGCCUCUAUCCCUGAGGGAGGCGAAUGCGAGAUUGGGUUGGAUAAGAACUUCGGGUUUUCGAAGCAGUUCGCUGCUCACUAUGAACUUGGAGAAGAGGUGGGUCGCGGGCACUUUGGGUAUACUUGCUCCGCCAAGGGAAAGAAAGGCAGCUUGAAGGGACUAGAUGUGGCCGUCAAAGUCAUUCCAAAAUCCAAGAUGACAACAGCAAUUGCUAUAGAGGAUGUACGGAGGGAAGUCAGGAUAUUGCGGGUUCUUACAGGACAUGAGAACCUAGUGCAAUUCUAUGAAGCCUAUGAAGACGAUGAAAAUGUUUAUAUAGUUAUGGAGUUGUGCAAAGGAGGUGAGCUGCUGGAUAGGAUUCUUUCCAGGGGCGGGAAGUACUCGGAAGAGGAUGCCAAGGUUGUCAUGAUUCAGAUAUUAAGUGUGGUGGCCUUCUGUCAUCUGCAGGGUGUGGUUCAUCGUGAUCUCAAGCCAGAGAAUUUUCUUUUUACGUCUAAGGACGAAAACUCCAGAUUGAAGGCAAUUGAUUUUGGACUGUCUGACUAUGUGAAGCCAGAUGAGAGGUUGAAUGAUAUUGUAGGAAGUGCAUAUUAUGUAGCUCCUGAAGUUUUGCAUAGAUCAUAUGGGACAGAAGCAGACAUGUGGAGCAUAGGGGUAAUUGCUUAUAUUCUUUUAUGUGGAAGCCGGCCCUUUUGGGCUCGGACAGAAUCUGGCAUAUUUCGUGCUGUCCUGAAGACAGAUCCAAGUUUCGAUGAUGCUCCUUGGCCUUCUUUAUCGGCUGAUGCAAUAGAUUUUGUGAAGAGGCUGUUGAAUAAGGAUUAUCGUAAAAGAUUAACUGCAGCUCAGGCUCUCUGUCAUCCUUGGCUGGCUAAUCAUCAUGAUGACUUGAAGAUACCUUUUGAUAUGAUAAUCCUCAGACUUGUUAGAUCUUACAUAUCCUCAUCUUCUUUACGCAAAUCAGCAUUAGGGGCUCUCGCAAAGACAUUAACAGUACCUCAGCUAGCAUAUCUCAGAGAACAAUUUACACAGUUAGGGCCAAACAAAAGUGGAUUUAUUUCCAUGCAGAACUUUAAGACGGCUGUUUCAAGAAGCUCCACUGAGGCCACAAAGGAUUCACGGGUCUUAGAUUAUGUGAGCAUGGUUAGUUCUAUCCAAUACAGGAAAUUAGAUUUUGAGGAAUUUUGUGCUGCUGCUAUAAGCGUGCACCAGCUAGAGGGAACGGAGAGCUGGGAGCAACAUGCAAGAAGGGCUUAUGAACUGUUUGAAAAGGAUGGGAAUCGACCAAUUAUGAUUGAAGAGCUUGCCUCGGAACUAGGGCUUAGCCCGUCUGUACCUGUUCAUGUGGUUCUCCAAGAUUGGAUAAGACACUCGGAUGGAAAGCUCAGUUUCUUAGGAUUUGUGAGACUUCUGCACGGACCUUCUUCCCGCGCAAUUCACAAGGCAUAAGAGUACACCCGAUUGCUAUUAUACAGAUCCCUUGUCGUCAUUGAUGAUGAAAAUCUAAAUUGGAUUUAAAUUGUUGAGUAAACUUCAUCAGCAAUGCACAAUCUCCAUUGCGAUGAUGGUUUGGGCAAGCUAAAAGCUACAGUGGACGAACCUACUUUCAACAUCUGCUAUUGUUAAGCUCGCUGUUCCUAAUUUUUUGUACACACGAGAAUCCUUCACCUCUUUUCCUACUCUCUUACGUUUGGUAGUUCUCAAAGUUAGAGGAUUGUACAGAGGAAUGUAGAUCACAUAUUGUACUUGGUACUGGAGGAACUGCUCAAAACUGAGUUGUGUUUUCAGGUCUAUCGCUUGUGUACCCAUUCCACUUACCAAUAAAAUCCUUCCGAUUCUAACAAA